ACAUCGAUAUAUCGAUAUCAGGUACACACUGUGUGGCUUACAGCUGUUUGCUGGCAGAUUACGCGACCAGUGGUGCAUCUGUUUCUUUUUACCCUGUUGCCAUAGUUGAGUUGAAGCGUAAUUGAAGCACCAUGUACAAAGUGAUAAGACAAAUGACGCAGUUAAAGCUGCAAGCACCGCUGCUGACAUCCGCGCCAGCUGCCAGCGCUGCUAAUCUGCUCGCAUUUCCACAACAGACGACGACCACGCAAAACGUGCACACGGCUGCGACUGGAGGCUUAUGUGCCAAAUGGAACAAAAACAACCACGGGCCACGCAAAUGGCUGGAAUAUAACAAAACUGUGCAUCCGCCACAGGAGACAAACGAAGAGCCACGGAAAGCGUAUCUUUGCCACAUGCGCAGCAAUAUCAAAUACAGCCCGGACAAGAUGUGGUAUAUAGCGGCCUUUGUGCGCGGCAUGUCCGUCGACGAGGCGCUGAAACAACUCAACUUUGUGCUCAAAAAGGGCGCCACAGAUGUGAAGGAGACGAUACUGGAGGCGCAGCAAAUGGCCGUUGAGCGGCACAAUGUGGAGUACAAGAGCAAUUUGUGGAUUGCUGAAUCCUUUGUGGGUAAGGGACGCGUCUUUAAGGGUAUGCGUCGACAUGCGCGCGGUCGCUUUGGUCGCGUCGAGUACAAGCACUGUCACUACUUCCUGCGCUUGGAGGAGGGCGAACCUCCGCAGCACUAUUAUAUGCCCGAGCCACAGACGCCUCAGCAGCAGUAUGAGCAUUGGGUGGAGCAGAUGCGCAGCCGGAAGGUGAUCAACUCCUUGUAGAAUCCCACACGACAUACACCGUCCAGCCACAGACAGCCCCUUUCAUAUGCAGCGCAUUUGAAGUUGUUUUCAAACACGUUGUGUUCUCUAAAUUGUAAUAAAUGUAAAUCAAAAUUAA